AGUUAGUCUGACUCUGGCAAAAUGAAGGUACUUCUUGGAUCACUGGUUCUAGUGCUGGCCGUCGCGGCUUCGUAUGCCGAGGGGCCAUACAACUACCAUCAGAGGAUUGGUAUUUCUGAGGCAGCUAAGAUCAAGAGCAAUGAGGAAGAUGCGGCUAAAGCCGGAGUAACCGGCAGAAUCGUUGGUGGAUCCAACGUUGACAUCUCCCAAGUACCUUACCAAGUCGGUCUCGUCAUUCAAGUUCUGUGGAUCCUGCAAUCCGUCUGCGGUGGCAGUUUGAUCUCCAACAACCGUGUGAUCACCGCUGCUCAUUGCCACCAUGACGGUGUCAUCACCGCCCAGUCCCACACCGUUGUUCUCGGCUCCAACACCAUCUUCAGCGGAGGAGUGCGCCAAGCUACCACCAACAUCGUCAUGCACCCUCAGUGGAACCCCCAAACUGCUGCCAACGACAUUGCCGUCCUCAGAAUCAACAAUGUUGCUUUUACCAACGUGAUCCAGCCCAUCGCUCUGCCCAGCGGCUCUCAACUAAGCAACUCCUUCGAGAACCAGAUCGGCAUUGCUUCUGGAUUUGGACGUACUGUUGAUGGUGCCAACAUCCCCAACAACCAAGUCCUGAGCUGGGUGAGACUGCCGAUCAUCUCCAACGAUGACUGCGCGGAAAUCUAUGGCCCCUUCGUCCACGCUAGCAACAUCUGCACCAGCGGCGCUGGCGGUAUGGGCACGUGCCAGGGAGACUCCGGCGGCCCUCUGGCGGUGGAAGUCAGCGGCUCGAGACUCUUGGUUGGUGUGACGUCAUACGGUGCUGAAGCAGGUUGCGCAGCUGGAUUCCCGGCUGCGUACGCGCGCGUCACCUCUUUCACUUCCUGGAUUUGGUCAAUCGCGCGUAUCUAUUCUGACUUAUUGAAGGUGCUGCUUGGAUCACUGGUUCUAGUUCUGGCCGUCGCGGCUUCGUAUGCCGUGGGGCCCUAUAACUACCAUCAGAAGACUGGUAUUGCCUUGGCAGCUAAGAUCAAGAGCACUGAGGAAGAUGCGGCUAAAGCCGGAGUAACCGGUAGAAUCGUUGGUGGAUCCAAUGUUGACAUCUCCCAAGUGCCAUUCCAAGUCGGUCUUGUCAUUCAAGUCCUAUGGAUCCUGACCUCCGUCUGUGGCGGCAGUUUGAUCACCAACAACCGUGUGAUCACCGCUGCUCAUUGCCACCAUGACGGUGUCAUCACCGCCCAGUCCCACACUGUUGUUCUCGGCUCCAACACCAUCUUCAGCGGAGGAGUGCGCCAAACCACCACUGACAUCGUCAUGCACCAUGACUGGAACCCCCAGACUGCUUCCAGCGACAUUGCUGUCCUCAGAAUCAACAGUGUUACUUUUACCAACGUAAUCCAGCCCAUCCAUCUACCCAGUGGUAUUCAACUGGGCAACACCUUCGACGGCAUCGGUACUGCUUCUGGAUACGGACGAACUGCUGAUGGUGCCGGCAUCCCUAACAACCAAGUCCUCAGUUGGGUGCGACUGCAGAUCAUCCAUAACAACGCCUGCGCUGCAGUCUAUGGUCCCUUCGUCCACCCUGGCACCAUUUGCACCAGCGGCGCUGGUGGUAUGGGCACGUGCCAGGGAGACUCCGGCGGCCCUCUUACGGUGGAAAUUAUGGGCGUGAGACUCUUGGUUGGUGUGACGUCAUUCGGCGCCGAAGCCGGUUGCUCAGCUGGAUUCCCGGCUGCGUACGCUCGCAUCACCUCUUACUUUUCAUGGAUUUGGUCAAUCUAAGCUCAGCUAGUUUAUAUUGAAACGAAAAAAAUUACCGGCUGUGUAAUCUUUGUGCUGUGAAACAGUUUUUAUAAAUGAUAAUAAAAUAA